GAGUUGUUCAGUCGUCCGUGAUUUUGAAUAUCUAUAGCGGAUAACGUUUCUGCCUUUGGUCAACAAUCAACGAUUAUUGAAGAUAUCAGGCAUAUUGACAACUUAUGAAAUGAGGAAAAACAUUCAACACAAGAGAUCGAGAUAGGACAUCAUCUAACAUUUUGAUACUUCAGAACAAAAGUGUGUAGUACAUAGUACCCAUUUGUGCGUAAAAGUGUUUGAAAAAUUUUUUGGUCAUUUUUUGAUUCGACUAUCGGGAUGAGCUUUGAGUUAAAUACGAGUUCGAUACAACUAGGUGACAUGUGUACUGAUUGGUCAUCAGAAGUGUGUGUUGGAACUUUAUUUUGACAUAGCUACUGUGUGGUGGGGAUGGAAAUAUGUCACAGAAACAAAUGUAAAUUAGUUUAGCUGAUUAGUCCUGUUCUCGACAACCCAGUGCAAUAUUAUUAAUCACUAUAAGAAAUAAGAAGACGUUCGUAUGAACCGUUGAUUCGUUAAAUGAUAGGUUCACCCUGUGCGUAAAGUAUACAGACUAUUGUAAAUCACACACAAUCUCUGGGAGGGACAGGGAAUCAUUAUUGUCCACUCUCUUCAGUCGAGCCACAUUUUGCAAUUUCAACAGUGCCAACCAAUUAUUCACAAUUCUUCAAAAUGGCUGGAAAUCCUAGGAAAUUUAGCGAAAAGAUUGCUCUCCAUACUCAAAAACAGGCUGAAGAAACGGCCGCUUUUGAACAAAUAAUGAAGGAAGUUACCGAAGUAGCUACCCGGACGUCAGGCGGUGGACCACCAACAACACCGAAAGCAAUUAAGCAACCACAACAAAAUCUUUUACCAAUAACAAGCAAUAUGAACUGUAGGAGUUUACCAAAUGUACAUGCCAUGUCAUCACACCAUGAUAAGGGACAACAAGGAGGACAUUUCAAUCCUAAAAUGGGAUCACCUCGCGCCUCUCGUGGUAACUCCAUAGGACCCGUCAAGAACCAUCCACGAUCUCGUACGGAUCACUCACCUUACGCCUCUCCACCCAGUGCAACGAUGUUGACUGGUUCUAUGACGGGGGGAAAUUCUUCUGGCUCCAAUCUAUAUUCAUCCAUGAUGUAUCAGAAUUCGCCAUCUUAUCUUAUCCCUCCAUCCGAUGGUCCAUGGAGAAGAGCCAAUUCAGACUCUGCCCUUCACUCUUUAAUUAUUCCUUCCGUGGUCCCUGACUCCUCAGAAGAAUCUUCAAAUAAUUCCAAUGACCCCCGAGACAAUUAUGGAUAUGGAGGACUGUUGGGACAUUCUCCAAAGCACAAUGAUUCUUCUUCAGUGAUACCAAAUACGGUGGGUGAUGGACCUUCAUUGUUGGAAAUUUCAUCUUCCGUUCCUUCCGGAUCUUUGCCUGACCUUACUAGUUUUCAGUUUACGCCACCACUUCAGCAGCCUAUUGAUCCUGAAGAUUCUCAAUUAACAAACUCCCCGUACUCAACCAGUCCUUUAUCCUUGACAUACUCGCCUGGUGGCUCGCCCAACCCGCCUCCUCAUUCCAAUAAUUCCCAGCAACAAGGUAUAAAUAAUCAGCGAUCUCCACAUGGUCAUCCACAUCAUCAGCAACAACAACAAUCUCAACAACAGCAAUCCCCACAUAACCAACAAAAUAAUCAAUCGCAGCAACAGAAUAUCUUAGACAAUUCAAUUAAUUCUGCAUUCCAAUUCACAUCAGCUGAAAAUAAUAUGCUGACCGCAUAUCGAUGCCCUCCAAGACCUAGUCCUCAAAACUCUCCUUCGCCAUUCCGGAGUCAAAGUCCACUGGACGGUCAGUUAUCUGGACCAUCAAGUCCUGCAGCUCAACCCCAAAUGCAGAAUUCAGCAGAAUCUUUCUACCUCAGUCAGCAGGCAAAUGCGUUACAACAACAUUUUGAGCAAAUCUCAAUGGGGUCGCCAGCGCCACCCAGAACUAGUAGCAAUUGGCAGGGAGGCGGAAUGGUUAAUAACUCUCCUUAUUACUACAAUACUGGACAAGCACAAAUUCAGACCGGAGCAACUGCAGGAAUUACAGCACAACAAUCCCCCCAGCAUCACCAACCACAAACGCCACAAACACCUUCUAGCAUACCAGAUAUUAUCUUUACCGAAUUUUUGGGUACAGAUUUCGAUGUCCGAUCUUCGGAGCCUUUCGACGACUUACUGGCAACGGAAGCUGCUGCGGCGCAGGCGUUGAGGGAAGGCCUUGGUUCGUUAGAUAUGGAUGGAUUUAAUAUGCUUGCUGACCCAGACCUCGUUCCACUUGAUCCUUCCGCCGAAGACUCCUUCCGCCUGGAUCGCCUGUGAAAUUUCGUGCCCCAUUCCCAGGGUUCUUUGUCUCCUCUGUUGGACGAAUCCUAAUAAGAAAUGUUAAUUAGUGAUAGUUCUGAUUCUGGUGGUAUUCUCUCCUCAACCUCAACAACGCAUCAUGAUUAUAUGAUGACUUACUGGGUUGCGUGUUACAAGUUUUGUAGUUUACAUAUAAUCCAUAGUCGCGAGACUACAUUUUAUAAGUUCUACAUGAUGAUGAUGAUAUUCAUGAUACUAUUCUAGACCGUAAUAAUACGACUAUUUACAAAAUUCUAUUAUUAUGACAGUUUAAUAGUCAUCAGGUCACACCUUUUCGUUGUGUGACAAUACAAAAACGGCACGGUUCUGCACAUCGUUGUAAAUUUUUUAUCAAUAACUUUUUCACUACUAACCAAUGCGUAAUGAUAUGUUUUUGUCAAACAAAUAAUAAUGGUUUCGCACAGUUAUUAUAUACGAGCACAAAGUAGCGUGUAACCCCAAAUGGUGUUUCAAAAAUUAACUUGUUAACCGUAAAAUGUGCAUAAUUACCUGCGCUAUUGAAAGGAUGGAUUUUGAGAGGCAAUGAGCGGAGGAAAUGUGUUCAUUCUAGAAAUCGGAUUAUUUUAUUUCACUUCCAUUUUCCACUAUAUAGGUCAUAAACUUGAAAUGAUGGAAAGAUGAAUUUUUGUUUGUUUUAUUAUUAAUUAAAAAUGCAGUCCAAUUUCAACCGAGUAGUGUUUCAUACGAAAACAUAUUUCAAUUAAUCACCAAACACAAUUCUGUGCUCAUGUUGUUAAUUCAACUUUUUUGAAUUUUGUGUAGCUUUAUGCUUUCUUCAACCAACCUGUCAAAAAUAUUUGAUGAAUUGAUAACAUUGUUUUCCUGUUUGAUUCAAAGUUAGUUAAAGGAAAACAUACUAAGCAACCCAAAAAUUUCAGUUUAUGCAUGUUAUCCAACUGAUGUUCGAUGAAUAGAUAUAUAGAUUGCGACUAGGCAUGUUUUUCUAUAUGGACUACAAACAAAGAUUUCGGUGAUAGGUAAUUAAAGGGGGUACAAGUAAUCCAAUGUAAUUGUUCUUUGACGCUAUACGUGGUGUAACUCUCGGUGCUCUGAAAUAGUCAAUCCACCAAAAUUAACCAGUUUGAUUUCAAAUUUUUCUCUCAUCAAAGUUUAGCUAGUAGUAAUUACAAAUUAUGGAGUAUGUGCUACGACAUUUAAAUUUUAUUACAUUACAACAUAUUUUUCUCUAUUAGUUAAAUUCAUUUAUGUACAGCACGUUGCAGCUCAAUUUUUUAGAAGUUGAUUAGGUUUUCGUUAAGUUGAUAACUUUAUUUGAUUUAUGUAUUUACUCAUUUACUUCAGAUUUAUGUAUUCGAGAUUAUUUUCGUAAUAUACGGUAUUAUAGGAAAUGCAGAGUAAUGUGUCCUUAUUUUAAGUACUCAGUGUUUCACCAACUUGAUGAUUCCUUUGUGAUGUGGAGCUUGCACAUUUAUAUAUAUUCAUGUAAUAUAUAGACAGAUAGACAGACUUUGGAUUUCCUCUCAAUUCCUUUGAAGUUUUUUCUCGAGAAAAUCUGCAAGUACAACCCUUUCGUUAAUGAGUACAAAAGACGAAAAUUAAUCAAUUUUACAUAAUAAUAGUAAUAAUAAUGCAUUACAGCUUGAAUGUAAUUGCCCUCCUUUUACACAUAAAUAUUCCGAAUCGAACGGACUAUUAAGAAGAGUUAUUUCGUAUUUCGUUCAAGUAUUUGUAGUCCGCAUAUUCGAAAAAAUCCUGCAUAAUAAAUAUGUAUUGCGUUUGACAUUGACCAAAUUAACCGAGUCGAGUGUUGUAAAAUAAUCAAAUUGAUUAUGACCAGUGGGAUUUGCAAUUACACAGAAAUUACACUAAAAAAGCGAUAUACUAGGUGCAUGUUUUACUCUAAAAGAACUUUUGGUAAUUAAUAUACAAUUAGUUAAAAUGGGCCCUUGUACAUAUUUACUGAAAAGUGCAUAUUAAUGAGUAGUUGUUGAUGAGAUGUUAAGUUGGGCUUAUAGUAAGUGUACAAUCAAUUGUAUUUUAUAAAUUUUAUUUCGAUAUGAGAAGAUAUUGAUAUUAUUGUUAUUGCGAUUUCUCAAUCUAUGAAUAAGAUUUUAAUAAACGGUGACUUAUAUCUAAUCUAA